AUGGGCCACUGGUACAUGAAACGUAUUAAUGCACAUUCAGGAGUGAAUAAUUUUAUUGACGAUGUUGGAGAAAUGCUUCGUGUUCCCACAAGUCUCCAGGAGGUAUUGCAAUCCCAAAAUCUGAGUGUCAAGCAGGUAACCGCGUGGAGUAAACUCAAAUUUUUCUUUGGUCCGACAGGCGACUAUAUCCGUUGGACGUGGUCCUUGUGCAGUCCAUGCAUCCUUCUUUUCUUGAUGAUCGCUUCGUUGUUUAGCUACGAACGUGUAACACUGGAGGAUUAUCCAUUACCCUUGCGCUAUGAAUUGGUUGCGUGGUUGACAAUGGUCGGACCACUGCUUCCUCUGCUCUCCGUGUUUGACUGCAGUCGGUGGCGACACAAGCACGUUGGUGGCGGCGACACACUGGAACCAAAGCAUGCCACAAAUGAGGAUCACGAUUACUGGUCAAUAGCAGAUCCAAUAUCACGUGUAGCAUCAGCACGCCGUCCCAAUGCAAGCCUGGUGGAUGAAGUCGGCUAUGGCACGAUAGUUCAAAUGAUCAAUGAAUGGGCAAAAAAGAAUGCCGCAAUGUUGGGUGACCGUUACAUUGGUGAUAGCGACGGAGAAACUUGUCAGAGCACUUCAUUUGGAAAACCACCACCGUGCGUGUUGCCCUGCACAGAGCAGGGUUUACAUCUUCGGCAAACAAUGGAUUGUCAGAGUGAGAGUUCCAUAUCAAUCACUCCAACUGGUUCGGUACAAAGUUAUUCCAGUGGCUUCAUGGUUAAUAACGGUACCACUGGUAGCAGCAGUGCUAACGACAGGCACCAGUUACCAGUUCUGAGAAGACCGGGGCCCGUUAAGACACCACCACCGUUCAAUCAAUUGUGA